AUGACUAGUUUUCGUUCUAGAGUUGGCAUAGCUGUACAUGAUCGUAAGAUAUACGCCAUUGGAGGGUUCAAUGGACAUGACCGCCUCAAGAUAGUCGAGUCUUACGACUACAAUAAGAAUGAGUGGACGCCGGUAAGAGCUUCCACUUACCUUCGAUCAGUUGCGGUUGAUAACGCCUUGUUUUUUCCGGUUGCACCGUUAACGAAGAAGCGCUCUGCUCUUGCCGCUGCGUUCUUCAAUAGCAAGCUUUACGUGUGUGGUGGUUAUGAUGGUAUAACAAGCCUUGCAACUGUGGAGGUGUACUGCCCAGAAAAGAACAUGUGGGAACUUGGAGAAUCUAUGACAAAGCAGCGUAGCGCCGCCGGCGUAGCAGUUCUUGACGGAUACCUAUACGUGAUGGGAGGUCACGACGGCAUGUCAAUUUUUUCAUCGGUGGAGCGAUUUUCGCCUGAGAAAGGACAGUGGGAGGCCGUGCCCUCGAUGCUUUCGAAACGAUGUCGGCUUGGCGCCACAACGUUGAACGGCAAAAUUUAUGUGUGCGGAGGGUAUGAUGGUGCUCAAUUCCUUAAUAGUGUUGAAUGCUUUGAUCCAGUGACAAUGAGGUGGUCACCAGUGACACCGAUGAACAUCAAACGCAGCCGUGUGUCGCUGGUUUCGAAUGCGAACUCGAUAUACGCUAUCGCUGGGUAUGAUGGCAUGUCGAACCUUUCUUCAAUGGAAGUAUACCGUGAAGAGACGGAUCAAUGGGAGUUGUCGACGCCACUCGGAUCACAUGAAGGAGGUGUAGGUGUGGGAGUCAUCCCAAUCCCGCCUAACAUGUUAGCUGGAUAA